ACAAUUAUAAACCAUUCAAAAAUAUUGAGGAAUAAUUAUUUCUCUAAUGGACUUACUCAAUCUUGUUUAAUUGGCUAUAGAUAUUUCAUUAGCAAGAGAUAAUUAUUGUGAAGAAAUAAAAAAAUUGCGAAUUUAGAAGUGUUUUGUCAUACAUUGAA